AUGAAUAAAAACAUAAUUUAAAAACCUCCUGUUCCUAAAUUCAAUUGGAACAUUUAUGAUCACGCUUCCUCUGAUGAUUCUAAAACUCAAAUUUCAUUAUAAAAAUCAGACAAAAGGAGAUUAAAAUAAGUUAAUCUCUUAAUUGAUGAAAUGAUGGCUAAAUUAACUCAUAACAAUAUAAUAAAUAGUAUGAAUUUUGAAAACAUAAGACAUUAAUGUAUUGAUCUAUUAGAUAACUCGGUGAUUGAAAAAGUAAAAUCAAAAAAAUAUUAAUCAAUAGCUUGCGCAUUGAUUAUUCAAUCUUUGAGAAUUCUUUUAAUCCCAUUGAGAAUUAAAGAAAUAACUUAAGUAUUAGAUUGUGAUGAAAAGCAAGUGCGCAAGAUAUUGAUCUAACUUAAUUUAAUUAAACCUUAUGAUUAGGAUGCCUUUACUUUGUAAUACAUGACCAGAAUUUGUGUUGCCAUAGGAUUUAACCAGAAAUUUUAAACCCUUUGUAGGUUCUUCUAUUCAUAUUUAAGAAAUUAAAAUUUAGUUUAAGGAGAACAUGAACACGUCAUCGCUUCAGCUUUAGUAAAAUUAACUGGAGAUUUUGUAUUUAGAGAGAAAGGUGGAAUAAAUUUAAAUAUUAUUUCUAUAAAUGCUGGAUGUUGUGAAAUCUCUUUGAAAAAUUUUCUAUAAAAGUUACAGCCUCAUAAUCAAUUAAUGAGUGAAUAAGCAUACGAGUUUUACAAAAGAACCAUGUGAA